CUUGUUGAACCAUGGUUCUUUAUUCUUUUCUUCUUCUCCUUGUUAUCUCUAUGGCUGGUGGGAUGGAGAGUGGUAUUAUUGGAGGAAAAGAGGCUAAACCUCAUUCUAGGCCUUACAUGGCAUCUAUUCAGUACAUAAAUCAUCACACAUGUGGAGGAAUGCUGAUCAGACAGGAUUAUGUACUGACAGCAGCCCACUGUUUGAAUGACAAUGUCUACUUUUAUCAGGACCACUUUGAGGUUGUUCUGGGAGCACACAACAUUACCAAGGUGGAAAAGAGCCAGCAGAGAAUCCCAGUGAUGAAAUUCAUCCAACAUCCUAUGUUUAAACAGAACAAGGAAGAGGACUACAGCUAUGAUAUCAUGUUACUAAAGCUGAAGAACAAAGCCAAGCUGAAUAAGUUUGUGAAAGUUAUGCCUCUUCCUAAGAAAAAUGGGAAAACACCAGCUAAUGUUAAAUGCUACAUUGCUGGUUGGGGGUUGAAAACACCAAAAGGAGAACAGGCAUCAGAUGUGAUGCAGGAGGUCAAGCUUAAACUGCAGUUCAGCUUUGAAUGUAAAAACAAGUGGCAGCAUUACUUCAACUCUGAGAGAAUGAUCUGCAGUGUUUCAGAUGGGAAGCAUGCAUUUUGUUCGGGGGAUUCAGGAAGUCCUCUUAUCUGCAAUACUAAACCACAAGGAAUUGCUUCAUAUACCUUUAAUGGUGACUGUACAAAUAAAUCAUAUCCUCAAGUUUAUGUAAAAACCUCCUAUUUCCUCCCCUGGAUUAAAAAGAACAUUGGUUAA